CCAAGUUUGUGUUCCCCGUCUCUCUUCAGGCCAAGAUGGACAAUCAGGUGCUGGGCUACAAGGACCUGGCCGCCAUCCCCAAGGACAAGGCCAUCCUGGACAUCGAGCGGCCUGACCUCAUGAUCUACGAGCCCCACUUCACCUAUUCCCUCCUGGAACACGUGGAGCUGCCCAGGAGCCGGGAGCGCUCGCUGUCACCCAAGUCCACGUCCCCCCCACCAUCGCCAGAGGUGUGGGCGGACAGCCGGUCCCCCGGGGUCCUCUCUCAGGCUGCGGCCCCGAGAACCACUGGAACUCCCCGGACCAGCCUGCCCCAUUUCCACCACCCUGAGACCACCCGCCCGGAUUCCAACAUCUACAAGAAGCCUCCCAUCUAUAAGCAGAGAGAGUCCGUGGGAGGCAGCCCUCAGAGCAAGCACCUCAUCGAGGACCUCAUCAUCGAGUCGUCCAAGUUCCCUGCGGCCCAGCCCCCUGACCCCAACCAACCGGCCAAGAUCGAGACUGACUACUGGCCCUGCCCCCCUUCUCUGGCUGUCGUGGAGACAGAAUGGAGGAAGCGGAAGGCCUCUCGGAGGGGGGCAGAGGAAGAGGAGGAGGAGGAAGAUGAUGAUUCUGGAGAGGAGAUGAAGGCUCUCAGAGAGCGUCAGAAAGAAGAACUCAGUAAGGUCACUUCCAACUUGGGAAAGAUGAUCUUGAAAGAAGAGAUGGAAAAGUCACUGCCUAUUCGAAGGAAAACCCGCUCCCUGCCCGACCGGACACCCUUCCACACCUCCUUGCAUGCAGGAACGUCCAAGUCUUCCUCUCUCCCCUCCUACGGCAGGACCACCCUGAGCCGGCUACAGUCCACAGAGUUCAGCCCGUCGGGGAGUGAGACUGGAAGUCCAGGACUGCAGAACGGAGAGGGCCAGAGGGGGAGGAUGGACCGGGGGAACUCCCUGCCCUGUGUGCUGGAGCAGAAGAUCUAUCCCUAUGAAAUGCUAAUGGUGACCAACAAGGGACGAACCAAGCUGCCUCCGGGCGUGGAUCGGAUGAGGCUUGAGAGGCACCUGUCCGCCGAUGACUUCUCGAGGGUAUUUGCCAUGUCUCCCGAAGAGUUUGGCAAGCUGGCUCUGUGGAAGCGGAAUGAACUCAAGAAGAAGGCCUCUCUUUUCUGAAGGCCCCCGCCCUCUCCCGAUGGACCCGCACCCCUGCUGCUUCAGACCUCUGGAGUUGGAGUCACCAGACCCCAUGGAAUCCUCUUCCCCUGGUGGGCUGGGAGGGGUAGUGGGAGAUGGGGCAGAAGUCAGGUAGGCUCUGUUCCUCAGGUGGAGGGGGGCCCAGACCUCUCGGCCCUGGGCGGUGGGCUGCAGACGGUCUUCCUUGUCAUGGCCUGGGGGCCGCCUCCUCGCAUUCCUGGCCCUCACUGCACAGGGCAAACCCAGCCUGGGCGCUCGGACACACAGAGUUCAUGUUGGUGUCCCCUCCCAGACCCUUGCUCCCACACGAAGGACCCCAGCAGAGGGUGAGAAGGAGUGACGGGGCACUUCGUGGUCAGGCCUGUUGGCUGUCUCAAACAGUGGGAGGGAGGAGGCCGGGCGGGCGCACCAGGCAGGGAGCGCCCCAGGACCCUGUCCAUGCCACCCAGCACCCCUCCUCCACUCACUCCUCACGGCUUCCCCUGCACCCAGGCCUCCUGUCUCUCUGACUCUAGCGGGAACAGGCUCCGCUCGGCCUCCAGCAGGAAGGUCGCCCUGCCCUCCAGGUUGCCCUGACCUCUGCUCGCCACCCCUGAGCUUGGAAGCCUCUUACUCCAGCCCUGUGGCUUCCCCAGAGGCCUCGGCUUAGAGCGGAGAGACCACCCAUGUGAUACCCCAGGCCACCAGCCUCCAGGCCACAUCAGCUGGGACUCUAGCACCAAGCCAGGUACUGGGCAGAAGCCAGACCUCCGGCCUCCCUUGGAUGGGGUCAGGAGGCUGGGCUCGGCGCCCUUCUGAGUGUCCUGGCUACCAGCUCCCACCCGUACCCAUGCACUCCUCACUAUACUCUCUCAAGAAUGUAAUUUAUUGGGGCCCCCCCAGCAGCUUUCCUCACCUCACUCCCUGUCCUACCUUGAUCACACUCCCGGCUUUACUUCUCUCCAAAUACACAUGUGUAUAUAAUUAUAUCUAUAUUUUUGCCCAGGUCUGGGUGUUGUUCCUGCCCAGACCCUGGCAUCCCGUUCCACUGUGUGUGUGACAAUGCUGGGGGAGGGGGACUCUGCUUGGAAUUAAAAGGUUGCAUCAGGUCCCUAAA